GCGUUGCAAAGUCUCCGGAAGUGGAGGUGUGAGAGGCCGGGCGGACUUGGGUAGCCGGCCUCUACUCCGGGACGCUUCUCCCUGGCGGGUCAUGAACGGACCAGCGGACGGCGAAGUGGACUACAAAAAGAAAUACAGGAAUCUGAAGCGGAAGCUCAAGUUCCUCAUUUACGAACACGAGUGCUUCCAGGAGGAGCUCAGAAAGGCGCAAAGGAAAUUGCUGAAGGUUUCCCGAGACAAGAGUUUCCUUCUAGAUCGACUUCUGCAGUAUGAGAACGUGGAUGAAGACUCUUCCGAUUCAGAUGCCACUGCAUCUUCAGAUAACAGUGAAACAGAGGGGACACCCAAGUUGUCUGACACACCAGCCCCUAAGAGGAAGAGAAGCCCCCCGAUGGGGGGUACCCCAUCUCCUUCCAGCCUCUCCUUGCCUCCUUCAACAGGCUUUCCCCUGCAGACGCCUGGGGCCCCCUCCCCAUACCUGAGCUCGCUGGCUUCUCCCCCUUACCCCCCAUUCCCUUCUGACUACCUGGCCCUGCAGCUGCCCGAGCCCAGCCCCCUGAGGCCCAAGCUGGAGAAACGGCCCCGCCUACCCCGGAAACUCAAGAUGGCGGUGGGACCCCCUGACUGCCCUGUGGGUGGGCCGCUGGCCUUCCCUGCCAGGGGUUCUGGUGCCAGUGUUGGGGCAACCCUGCCUCCCCUGCCUCCUCCCAAGAUGCCUCCACAUACGAUCCUGAGCACCGUCCCUCAGCAGAUGUUCAGCGAUGCAGGCAGCGGGGACGACGCCCUGGACGGCGAUGACGACCUGGUGAUCGACAUUCCAGAGUAGCCCCCUGCCAGGCACCUCACAUAGCUCCUCCAGUGCCAGCACAUUCAAGCCUUCCUCAAGAGAUGUUUAUUGAUGCCCAGUUGCCAUGCUUUGGCCACUGACACAAUCAGAAAAGGCGUAAACAUGCACAAAUGUCCCCGAGGAAGGUGGCAGGGUCCUGCCCGUACAUCCCAGCCCCAUCCAGGGAACAGUUAUUUAAACGAGUGGCCAAAAGGGUCUGCUACACCUUAGAGAGGUAGAGACCUACGGUGGCCGCCCCGUUAGAAGAGCAGCUGCGCAGGGCUGGGACGGUUAACGAAGGCUCUGGAUUAAAGAGUUGGCUCUUUC